CGUCUCGUACGACUGGCCCAUCCACUGGGUGCUGUUUUUUUCUUCCUUGCUGUUGUUGCUGUUUUUGAUUUUCCCUCCUCUCUCUAGUGUAGGACUUUUGGACAAGGACCAAAGCCCGUUUCUCAAAGUGGUAAAUACAAUCUCAAGUGUCAAAAGUAUCAUACCCACCAAUACUCUUCUUGUAGCUCGAGUCUUAACCAGAGAUGCAUGAUUGCUGGAAAAAAUCAAGAAAGUACAUGUAGUGUGAACAGGGGAGAGAAGAGGACAGAUGGAAGAGAAAAGUAAAAGAACAAAAAAGGGAAAGAAACCCCUCCUCGAGCCUAGAGACACGGGCAACCUGCCAGACGGGCAAAGACGCGAUCCACACUUACUGGGCCUCCCCUGAGAUUUUGUUUCCCACUAGCCCAAAGACCCGACCGAAACGGAAACCAUCACCGGCUCGCUGUGUGUACAGUACAGGGGCUCUAAAUCUUUGCCGGGCGCAACACAGUGAUUAUGGCGAUGAGGGCUAUAGUACCGGAAGCCACACCACACCCCCUCUGCAACUUGACAAUGGCGAUGCGGGAUCUGGGUGGACGGGUGGCAGUCUCCCUCCCCCUGGCUACCAGGGCUAGUCAAGAUACAGUGAACAGAGGAUAGGAAGGUGAAAUAGGAGAGAGAGAGAGAGGGCGAAAAUGAACAAGUGAACGAUGUCUGGAAUCUGGUACCGUUCUGUUCGAAAUUUGGAACGCCAGGCUCAACUUGUUGAGGAAAGAACGCAAUGCCUGCCCCAGACCAAAUUACUCGGGUUCCCAGCGGACUCAAAGGCCAUCGUUCCUUUGAGACCCCAACCAAGAACAUGAUGGGGGGGUCACACGCGGGACACGAAUCACUAUCGCUGUCGACGAUGGUGCUGCAGGACAAACCGUACUACUCGCGUAUUUGCCUUGCUGUCGGCAGCUAUGACGGCAGUAUUGCAGAUGCGAUAUCUUCCAAGGAUUCGAGCGGAAGUUUUGCCCCUUUCUCGACCUUCCUCGUCACUAGACCGGAUCGAUGUGUGAGGCGAGGCAUGUUCAGUAGAAGGAAACUUGUUCAGCCGAGGGGCCAGACAAUCGGGUACCGAGUGCGAAGUGACAGGGCGAGACCUACAGGAGGCGGCACGGCAAAGACCCGUUCCACGGAUUCAACUGGGUGA